CGCGAGGGAGGAAGGGAGAAGAAUCGUCCUCCCAAUUGCCGCCCACACGUUUUUAUUCCGCGAUUGGGACGGCGACGCGCGGUGCGGGAAAGGAGUGGCCGAGCGGCCGGGGCUGAACCCUCUGAUCGGUCCGCCCUUGGCUGGCUGUGGCGCAAGUGGAUUUAGGCACAGGUUCUUAGUUGGCUUGUGUGGCUUGUGCUUGCCGGAAUUUGGUUGGUUCUGUCUGAGCUAGCGGUGGAGGCGCCCUGAUCUGUGUUCUGUUGGAGAAAGGAAACGAGCGGCUGCCGAGGAAUUUUUUUUCAAUCUGAACUGCACUUCAGUCAUGUCUGAUGGUGCUUCCAGAAGAUUUGGUGAGAAGGACUUUGAAAUUAUGCUGAGCAAAAGUGAUGUCAGGGAAUCAUCUUACCGCAAGCAUUCCCUCUGGAUGGCACACUGGACCAGGGAUGGCAACAGUGCAGAACCUCUAAAUUCCAAGAGCUGUCGUCCUUUUGAGGAAAUCGAUGAUGUCGGUUAUUCAAAAGAUUGUGGUAAUUUACCUUUUGAGCUCAUGAAAGCUAGAGUGGCUGAAAGGUUGAUGGUGGGAGUUAGCCAUGGGGGUGCCUCUUCAGGGAGUACACGGCAACUCAGUUCUAAUAUGUGGGGUGUGGCACAUGAUGUUUCACAAGAAGUUCAAUGCAAGAAUACUGACCAGUUUGAUAGGCCUUUCGAAAGUUCGAUGGUGCAGAAAAAUGUGAACUUAUAUGCUGCUAAGACAGUGGUAUCCGGAAGAUUUUCUGUUCAUAAGCCUUCAGAUUUAUCUGUGGAUUCCCAUAAACUUUUGAGCUCUGACAGUCUAAGUUCAGAAUGGAGUCAUUUCCCUAUGUUUGCAAUCAAUAGGAAGAUUGACAGUAUACUUAAUCCAAGACGGUCUGCUCUUGCUACGUCGUCUGAUAAGAUUUUUGUUCCACAAAAUACUUUGAAGGCAAACAUAUCUACAUCUAAUGUGAUGGCAUUCUCAUCGAAGGAAUAUCAGUUCCAGACGCACCAAGUAAGUGAUGAGAAUAUGACUCACUGCAAAUCUGCAGGAGUCAUACUAUCUCACCUAGAUGAUGAUGUCGGCCUUAAUUCUGACCGUGCAGUAAGAAAACUGAAAGGACCUUUAUCAAUUGAAGAAUCAUGCUCUUGCAGUAAGGAUGAAACUAACUCAGCAUGUUCGUUACUAGCAGACGAGCUCCGUAGUAGCCACUCAAAGGGGUCACCUUUUUGGUCUGGUAAGGAUAAGUUCAUGUUUGAAGCGAGCCGAAAAGAGAAUGAAAUUGUUGAAGAUUUUUUCUUGCAACAGAAGUUAGGAACAUCUGGAGGAUGCCAAAAAGAACAAGAUUUUGAAGUAGCGUUUCAUGAGCCAGCACUAGGUAGAGAAUACCAGAUGAAAUCAGUUAACGCCUCUUCCAUCAGCAAGGGCAUUGAUGUGGACAUUAAUGGCCAUGCCGGGACAUUUGCUGAUUUAUUACAAGGUGAACAACAGCAUCCGAGUACACAAAACGGGGAUUCUCCUGCGAAUUUGACAGAGUCCUCCAAGCUACCUGAUACAAUUGAAAAGAUAUCGACAAUGAAGAGCAAAGGCGAAGCACUGGGUUGUAGAAAACCGCCAAAGCAAAAGUCGACACAUAGCAAACAAAAGGGGUCCUGCUUAUUUGAAAUGCUAACACUGCCAUGCAAAUCACAUGUUACAUGCUCCAAGGAUCCAACAUGUUCGGGGAUUUCUUGCAGUAACAAAGGCAGAUGUUCAUUGGGAACGCAGAAGCAGUUCUCAGCUAAAACCGAUACAUACACGGAUACUUAUCAUGCAUCAAAAUCCACAGCAGGGUUUGCUUCAAUGCCAAUACAAAAGGACCGUGGUUGUUCAGACUCAGGGAAAACUGAACGGUUAGUGUCCUGCGAAGGAAAUGAAACAAUCAACAUGUGCUCGGAUUAUCAAAACUCUUCUUCAAAAGCAGCUUGCGCCAGUAACCAAGACUGGAGCAUACCCAAAACUUCAAGCAUGAAUCUAGAUCUGGUUCUCUUUCAAAUAAGCAGAAUGAGAAAUCCAAUUUCCAAGGCUCUAACAGAGUCACCAGCAAGCUCAGAUCCAAGUGACAAGUGGCUCAAACGCCUGAAGUGUGAUAUUUCAGAUUCUCAUGUUUCUUGUUCCAAGAGAUUAAAGAUUGGAGAUGGUCCAGCAACUGAAGGAACAUGUGCCAUGUUCGGUGAAGUGCUUGAUUAUAAGAGGGACAGAACUAGCAUGAUCAAACAUGUGAAGGAGGACCAACUGAUGCAUGAAACUUCAAUGGAGCAAGAAAACCAAGACUUGUCUUCUAUUUCAGCAAAAAGUCUUAAUGACUGGAUAGGGAGAUGGUGCCAAGGUGGCACCCCUAGUUUUCACGGAACUUCAAGUCUAGGAAAACAAUCACGUAAGUCGACCUCGCCACCUGAUUGUCUCGAAGGUCAGUUUCCAAGCAUUGCAGCGAUGGCUAUGAUGGGGCGUGUAAUGAACAAGCUACGGCCAUGUGAACUUCAGAAGAGGGGUCCUUCUGUAGUCUGGAAUACGGAGGGCUUAUGAAAUUUGCUUAGUUUCUAUCUAGCUGUAUUUCCUACUGGCUAUUGUCCGUCAAUUAAAAUCCCAGGCAGAGAUAAAUUGGUACACUUCUCGCAGUGUCGACGAUGAUUGUGCUAUUAGCAUUCCCUCACAGAAAAAGAGAUCUUAUUCCAAUGAGAUAGGAAAAUAUUUGUGUUAUCAACCAUGUGUGAUAGCUAGGGAACUGAUUAUCCGUCUUCUGAAUGACGACCUAUUUGUUUUCCGAACA